AUGGUGGUACCUUGCUGUCCGCUAUCGCAAUGUAUAGGGCGCUGCCCAUCCCGCCGUGCUUCCAAAGAAGCUUUUGAGUUCACUUCAUUGCCGAGUCUACUUUACAACUAUCGGCGCCGUGGCCGAUGUUCGUCGAAACAACAUCUGAUAUCACUGAACAUCGUGGGACGGGUUCACUACCCUGACUGUCAUGAAAGAUUACCCCUGGAGUAG